AUGGCAGACAUUCCAGAAAAAAGUUCUUACUACAAGAGGGAAAGAAGGAAGUUCGCCUUGAUCACUUACCUACUAACCGCGAUAUUCUUGAUCGUAGCGCUGUUGCAAUGGGCCCUUUUCCGCUUUGUUAACUUUUUAAAUGUAUUUUUUACUUCAUACUAUUGGGUGAGCUGCUUGUUUUUUGGAAUGGGUCUGGUACUCCUCGUUGUUUUCAUAUUCUUUGAGGUACUGCGCUUUAAUAAAAUGGUAAAUUGGUUGUUUGCAGUCCUAAUCUUUGAAUGCAUUGUACUGGGAAUCGCACCGCUGGUUGUCCGCCACUAUAAGUAUCAGUUCCUCCUUAGCUUCCUCAUAUGGACCGUAGCCUUGGCACUCUUUAUUGUCUGCGGUUCCUUCCUUCCGCUUGAUCUUACUUUGGAUGUGGUGGUGCUAUUUGUGCUCGCAGUGGUUUCUAUUAUCGGCGCCAUAUACUUUGUGAUGCUUUACAUCGUGGCUAAUGUCGCAUACUCGUUUGUCAUCGCCCGGUGCUUUAUCGUGAUCAGCAUAUUGAUGUUCGUCAUGUAUCACGCGCAGAUUAUAAACGGUGGAAGGUUUGCAGAGAUGCGCACGAAGGACUACUUCCUGGCAGCAAUCAUACUAUUCCUCGAUUUCCUGCUCCUCUACCUCUUCUCCUUCCAAAUGGCUCCAAAAUGGUCGGAUCUCUGCGACCGCGAACGUUCAAAAAACUGGGUGCUGUUUAGAGAAACUACGACUUCGUAUCCCCCAAAAUGGUGGUAUACGAGGACCUCGUCAACGGAGGGUAUGAUAUCGAGUUAA